CACCGCCGCCCUGAAUUGAGAGCCGCCGGAGCUGGGUAGGGGGAGGCCCAACUUUCUGCUCUGUCAGAGGACGAUGCCGAGGGCCCAGAUUAGCAGGAUUUGGACCGUGUUGCUGGGAACAGGGGCCUACACUGGCCCCAGGAUGAGUUCGUCCGUACCUGGCGGCCCUGGGUUCUGACUCUCAGGUCAGACGCAGCAAGAUGCAACUCAGGAACUUCAAGGUUUCCGCUCCAGCCGAGAGCCCCGGUCCGGCAGGGGAAAGGGUGAGGGAGUCGCCCUUGCUCCCCCAGCCUCAGCCCUUGGGAGGCGCAGCGUCAGGGCGGGCGGCAGCACAGAAACCCCCUGCGCCGCUAGAGGGACCCUCGCAGUAGCGGCGCGGGCGACCUCGCGGUCACGUGUGGUGAGGGCGGGACCAAACGAGCGUCCGGCCAAUCGGCUGUGCCGUCGGCGAGCGUGAUAGCCAAUAGGAACCGGGAGCGGGGUCCCGGGACUGGGAAGAAACGGCGGCCGGGAGGGGGCUCCACGGACCAUGGGGCUCCUGACCAUUCUGAAGAAGAUGAAGCAGAAAGAGCGGGAGCUGCGACUGCUCAUGCUUGGCCUGGACAAUGCUGGAAAGACAACCAUCCUGAAGAAGUUCAAUGGGGAGGACAUCGACACCAUCUCCCCAACGCUGGGCUUCAACAUUAAGACCCUGGAGCACCGAGGAUUCAAGCUGAACAUCUGGGAUGUGGGUGGCCAGAAGUCCCUGCGGUCCUACUGGCGGAACUACUUUGAGAGCACCGAUGGCCUCAUCUGGGUAGUGGACAGCGCGGACCGCCAGCGCAUGCAGGACUGCCAGCGGGAGCUCCAGAGCCUGCUGGUGGAGGAGCGCCUGGCCGGAGCAACCCUCCUCAUCUUUGCUAACAAGCAGGACCUGCCUGGAGCACUGUCCUCUAACGCCAUCCGCGAGGCCCUGGAGCUGGACUCCAUCCGUAGCCACCACUGGUGCAUCCAGGGCUGCAGCGCUGUCACUGGGGAGAACCUGCUGCCGGGCAUCGACUGGCUCCUGGAUGACAUUUCCAGCCGCAUCUUCACAGCUGACUGAACCACUCCAGAUGCCCCCCACCUAGCAGUCCAGGUCCCCCAACCUUCACUAAAUAAACACUACCCAUGGGGGAUGGGAGUCAGCCAGCCAAACUAACACUCCCCCUCCUCCACCCCAACCUGCUGCUGCUACUGCUGCCCGCUGCUGCUCUGCGGCCACCCGGCUCCCGUGGCGGGAGGGCUGUGCCCUGGCUGUCUCUCUGGCUCCUGACCUGGCCUUUGGCUACCAUACCAAGAAGAGAGGGCUAGGCGGGGAGGAGCUGCCACUGCUGCUACCGAGGCUGUGGGCCUCAUCCUUCACUCAGCUGUGAAAUAAACCGCUCCUUGCCCUGA